ACCUCUAAUCACAGCCGACAACAGCGUAAUGUUGUCAACGAUUUCCAGUUCCGUAGGCACCAUGGUGGAGUUUCUAUGCGCCGACCCCGUCGACAUCCUGUCGGGACCGAAGGUGCUAGAGUGUCUACCGAGGGGCAUAUGGAACGGAAGCGUUCCCCAAUGCCUCUCACCCGCAGAUAUUUCAGCACAGAAAGUUACCAAUUCAACGCAAUCGACAACUUCGCAGACAUAUAAUUCCCCGGAAACGGAAGCGCAAGUCAUUUUGAUAGUUCUUUGGGUGUCCGGUGGCGUUCUGCUUUUAUCGUUGAUAGUACUGCUUACGUGUAUUCUGCGGAACCACAGAAAGCAGAGAAGAGACGGUGCUCAAAAUCAAAGCAUUGCCGCGGGUCAACCUCGUCAGGGCAGCGUCAAUCCCACGUUCUCGAACUACGACGAGAUUUGGACGUGGAUUCCUAUAGUUACGGGAAAUAGCGGAAACUGCCGAUCUCACGUAAACCCAAUCGUCCGUAACGCUGUUGCAAAUAACCGGAAUCGCGAACUUUUGAACAAUCUACGACUGCCCACCUACAGCGAGGCUAUAAAUAGCAAUGCGAACUCGAGAAAUCAGCCGAGCCACACAUUGCCAGUGCGUGUGACGUCAGAAGUGACGGCAACAUAUGGUAUCAACAACAACAACAGCGUCAACAACAGAUAUAAUAGUCAGCGGGGAAGCGCAGCCCGUGCUAGAGAAGCAAACGCAACUCAUAUACUAUCAUCAAACAAUAUGCCAACGCAUGCGCUUGUGACUGAAAUACCACCGACUUUGAGAAGAGAUGAUGCAACUGGUCCGAUUAGCUGUACUACCCAAAACGACCGCCCAAAUCACGUGACAAAUAUCACCAUUGGGGCAAGCAGAACUUCGGCGUUACAGCAGGCACGUGCCUUAGUAAACCAGUGCAGUGCGCUUGCGAACGGAAACAGACCAAUCCCAUCAGCACCAAGCUACUCACGUGAUUCGACCUUAGUUUGUGCUCGAGGAAUGUCGGGUAUGCAGAGUAGAAACGAACCAUCUUCGCCUGCAAGAUCGUCACCUUCCGUUACCGAUGUUCGACAAUCAUCGGAUUAUUCCGGAGAAAUCCGUCAAGCUUCGUUGGCGGUCAUUGCCUUGCAAAACCCAAGACGAGAGCAACCAAUUCGUGUCGGUUUCAAUCACAGCCACUCUAGUGCCUUCGCUCACGUAACAGAAAGACAUAUUCGAGGAAGUCAAGGACUCGAAUCGGAGGUGACUAUUGCGGCAACACGUACUUCCGCCCGAGUAAUCCCUUCCAGCGGGACCAUGCGAUCAAGUAUGGAGACCCAAUACUUUUGAAGGAAUUUAUGUAAUACAACGUGCUCUGGCGGGAAUCGAAAGUUUUAAAAUCUUGACACGGCGACCGUCAUCAUAACGUCGCCAUCAUCAAGUUAUGUACAAGCAACCGUAACAGCACCAUCAUUAGCUUACUACAUGUAUUUGAGGAAAUGAUUACAGAAGGAUAGAGUCGGUCGUCAAUGUCAUCGUAUCGUCAUCAUCAUCGUCAUCAUCGUCGUUUUUGUCAUCAUCAUCCGCAGCAGCAGCUGAAUGCAGCGUCAUUAUCAUCAUCAUCAUCAUCAUCAUCAUCAUCAUCAUCAUCAUCAUCAUCAUCAUCGUCGUCGUCGUCGUCGUUAUCAUCAUCAGCAGCAGCUGAAUGCAGCGUCAUAGUCAUCAGCAUCAUCAUCGUCGUCGUCGUCGUUGUCGUCAUCAUCACCAUCAUCAUCAGCAGCAGCAGCGUCAUCAUCAUCAUCACCAUCGUUAUCAUGAACGUCAUCAUUAUCUUCGUCGUCAUCAAUUUCAUCUAAACCGCUAUCAUCAUCAUCAUUAGCAGCAACAUUAGCAUCAGCAGCAUCAGCAUCACAAACAACAAUAAUAACAAUAACAUCGGAAUUGCAAGACAAAACAUUAUCAUGAUCAUCAUAUGACCAGAAUAUCGUCUGUUUCAUGUUUUGAUAUUUAUUAAUGUAUUUGUUGUAAAAAGUAUGCUCUUUAAAUCUCCCAUGUUAUUCGUGUUUUUUUUUCAAUCUUUCUUUC